AUGGCGACAGAAAAACCCGCCACUGUCGGCAUCGACCAUGUCGAAGUCGUUGCUAACACGGCGGAAGAUGCUCGACUGGCCACCGAGGAAGAGCAUCGCUUGACGAUCCUGGAGGCUCUCCAAAAGCACUAUAAAGCAUGCCUUUGGAGUAUGGCCGUCUCGCUGACUGUCGUCAUGGACGGCUACGACGGCGCUCUGCUGGGCUCACUCUCUGCCUUUCCUUCCUUUCGCAGCCAAUUCGGCACUUAUGUCAACGCGAAAUCUGGCUACCAGCUCGAUGCUCACUGGCAGCUCGCGUUGGGCUGCUCCAGUCCCCUCGGUAACAUCGUCGGCAUCUACCUCGGCGCCUAUACCGUCGACCGCUUGGGAUACAAGCGAUCGGCUCUUAUCUGGUUGACCUGGUUGACCGGCUGCAUCUUCAUCUCUUUCUUUGCAACACACAUCUCGGUCAUCUUUGCAGGAGAGGUGCUCUGCGGAAUAUCCUGGGGUGUUUUCGCCUGCCUUGCUCCUCCGUAUGCCGCAGAGCUCUGCCCAGUGGUGCUGCGAGGCCUAAUCGAAAUUUGGGUCGUCAUGUGCUGGGGGAUCGGUCAGCUCCUCUCAUACUCGGUACUGCUCACCCUCAACCACAGGAAAGACGAGUGGGGAUGGCGGAUCCCCUUUGCGGUCCAAUGGGUUUGGCCUGCCAUUAUUGUUCCACUGAUCUUCUUUGCGCCCGAAUCGCCCUGGUGGCUCGUACGACACAGUCGACGUGAGGAUGCUGAGAAGGUACUCAAGCGACUCGCUAGCGGAGGCGUCACUGACGAGCAGAUUCGCCGCAGUGUCGCGCUGAUGGUUGAGACCAACAGACUCGAGGCGAACAUGCACGAAGGUGUUGGCUAUCUCGACUGUUUCCGCGGCACCAACCUGUGGCGCACUGAGAUAGCCUGUGCAGCCUGGGCUGCCCAGCUAUGGAGCGGGUUCGUGAUUGCCUCCUAUUCAACCUACUUCUUCGAGCUGGCCGGUCUUGCGUCCCAGGAUGCGUACAAGAUGAGUGUGGGUCAAGGUGGUCUCCAUCUGCUCUUCAAUCUCAUCUCCAUUGCCUUUGUUGCCAAUUUCGGCCGUCGCCGUCUAUACCUUUGCGGUCUCGCUUUCAUGAGUCUCAUUAUGUUCAUGCUGGGCUUCGUCGCCUUGGCCCCCGAAACUCCUGCCGUUGGCUACGCAUCCUCCGCGCUCUUCCUCGUCUGGAACUGUGGUUACCAGCUCACCGUCGGUCCAUCUGCCUAUGUCCUCGUCAGCGAGGUCUCAUCGACGCGCCUGCGUGCCAAAACGGUCGCUCUUGCCAGGAACGCGUAUAAUCUGUCCCUGUUGGUAAAUUACUUUGUGGGACCUUACAUUCUCAACCCCACUAAGGGUAACUGGAAGGGGAAAACGGGUUUCCUGACCGGUGGCAUCAUCAUUUUCUUCUGGAUUUGGGCUUGGUUCCGUCUCCCUGAGACUAAGAACCGGACUUUUGAGGAGUUGGACAUUCUUUUCUCGAAGAAGGAACUCAAGGCUCGGGACUUCAAGUCGUAUGAGGUGGUAGAAGCGGAUAUCCACCAUGUCAAACUAGGUGCUCUCGCCUGA